AAAGAAUGCAAUAUUCCUCGAGCGACCACAUAACGACAUAUCAAUUUUUGUGUAGGGAGCUCCACUUCUCGGUGUUACAACGUUACCCUUCCUGGUAUUUCCUUUGAAAGCCAAGCCUAGCGAGGCUCAGCGUAGUGGUCAAUACUUUGCAGCGCUUUUUUCGUGUAACUUUCGGAUUUUGUGCAAGACGUGUGCAUCCUUCAACAUAUAAUAUCGACAAUGAAAUCCUUCUGCUGGUGUAUUUUUGCCGCACUGUACUAUAGCUGUUGUAUUAGCAACUUCUACGAUGGAGUUCUUUGCCAAAAAGUUGAACCCCGCAGAGAUGCAGAGUAUCCUCCACCUGAAUUGCUCGAGGCACUAAAGCCGGCACAUGAUCGAUGUGUAGCAGAAACGGGAGUUACGGAAGAGGCUAUAAAGGAAUUUAGUGAUGGUGAGAUUCACGAGGACGAAGCGCUCAAAUGCUACAUGUACUGCGUGUUCGACGCUACUGAUGUUCUGCAUGAAGACGGCGAGGUUCACUUGGAAAAAAUUCUUGACUCGUUACCCGAUUCAAUGCAUGAAAUCGCGUUGCAUAUGGGCAAAAAAUGCCUAUACCCGAAAGGUGACACCAAGUGUGAACGAGCCUUUUGGCUGCAUAAAUGCUGGAAACAAGCAGAUCCCAAGCACUACUUUAUAUUUUGAAAAAAUACGGCGUCACCGAUGGACCUUCGAUAUUGGACAAAAGCAAAAAAAAAAGAAAAGAAAAUAGAAAAAAAAAUAUAUAUAUAUAUAUAUCUGUAGUUUAAUGAAGUAAUAAAGCAAAUAUCAGCAUGAAAGAA